AUGUCAUCAAGAAAUUAUGGACAACAUGGGACGUCACAAUUUAUUAAUGUAGCAAAUAAUACAAAUAAUGUCAAUAUAAACCGAAACCGCGUUGCGCAAAUUCGACCGAUAAAUAAUUCUAGUACUAUAGAUCGAAUCGCUCGAAUAAACACACCUCAAAUUACGAAUAAUUCCAUUGAAAAUGAUUUCUUUAAUGGAACAAAUUUUUAUGAUAACAAUAGUUUUGAAUCUUUAAUUUUACCUGCUGGAUGUUCAGCAACCUCUUCAUUUAUUUAUGAGAGUACCUAG